AUGCCGCCACAACGCGCCGCUACAUCUCGAGAGCCCCUGCCAGACCCUUUAGAUUUUCAACAAGCCGGAGGCUCCAGUCAAACUCCUCGAAACUCCUACCGACAACCAAGCCCUCUCAUGGAUCUUUCAUCUCUCGAAGGCCCUCCAAUCGACGACCAGUCGACCAUGAGGACGCCGCAUUCUAUAAUUCCUCGCCUUCGCGUGGACAAUGCAACCCCACAUAAUACACCUCCAAACCUUCUCUGGAAGCCUCUACCGCCGCGACCCGCCUCUGCAGAACCCAUAUCUCCACGACAGCAAGAACAUCGCAGACCAGCUGCCAACCCAACUGGGAACGAUGGUCCCUCGAGUAGGGAUAAUAACCUCAUACGAGCCUCAGCCCAUCGAGGCAGGCACACCGAAGAAGAUGAGCUCGAACACAACAGAGUAUCCCCAGACUACGAGCGCUCACGGUCAAGUACCAUCAUACAACGACAGACCAAUCAACCAAGAUCACGCAGCUCUGACCCCCGAGUCUGGCUUGAGGAUGUGGAACAGUGGACAACUGUUGGUUCUUCGGCGACACGCUCUUCCCAUCCACAGAUCCAUCGGCUGCCCACUAGGCUACGCAAUGCAACGACCCCGCUAUAUGUGGGGCAUCCAUAUGAUAGUGAUGACGACCUGGAGCGGCGGGAUCAUCCUCCUGAUUAUGAAAGUCACUGCUUCAGCCCGAAUCACGUUAUGCGACUCACGUUUGGUCCGGCUUCGAGGCCGAGAGCUAGUGCUCAUGAGAAUAGUCAAUAA